CUCGGCGCCAGCUUAACGCGCGCGCAGCGCUGCCAAUAAGCUCCGUGUUGAAGGAGGGACUGUGUGGAGCGCCGCGUUGGUGGAUGCUUACAGCCAGACCGGAGCUCCGGGGACUGGAAGGAAAACCACUUUUCGGGAUUUUCAGACACUCGCGGGCUAAUUUUGUCGGACGACAGCGCACGAGAGGCAGACGGCGCGGCGCGAACAUGAAGGAUCCUGUGUACUGGGCGCUGCUGGUCGGGAUGAGCAUCCUGCUGAUGGAGCAAGGGUUGCCGGUGCGCAGCCAGGGGGACUCCCAGUCCGACAACAGAGUCAUGGACAACAUCACGGUCCGGCAGGGAGAGACCGUCUUCCUCAGGUGCGCUCAGGGAGACGUGGUCACACACACGGCGUGGCUCAACCGCUCCAGCAUCCUGUACGCCGGGGAGGACAAGUGGUCGGUGGACCCCCGGGUGAGCCUGGUGACCCUGAACCAGGACGAGUUCACCAUCAAGAUCGAGAGCGUGGACAUGGCGGACGAGGGCCAGUACGUGUGCGCCGUGCAGACCAGCAGCCGGCCCAGGACCACCUCCGUGCACAUCCUGGUCCAAGUUCCGCCGAAGAUCAUCAACCUGUCGAAGGACCUGGUGGUGAACGAAGGCUCCAACGUGACCCUGAUGUGUUCGGCCAGCGGCAAGCCGGAGCCCAGCAUCAGCUGGAGGCUGAUCUCGGCCUCAGGAGACGUGGCGUCUGACGAUGAGUACCUGGAGAUCCCGUCCAUCUCCAGACAGAGAGCGGGAACGUACGAGUGUUCGGCCGUCAACGACAUUGACACCGAUGUGCGGACCGUGGACAUCACCGUCAACUACGCCCCCUCGGUGUCGGAGGGUCGGGACGUCGGGGUGACUCUGGGCCAGAGAGGCGUGCUGGAGUGCGAGGCGGACGCCGUGCCGGAGGCCGACUUCGAGUGGUACAAGGACGACAGAAGGGUCUUCGGGGACUUCGAUGGGCUGGAGAUCGUGACCUCCGGGUCGCUGUCCAGGCUGACCUUCUUCAACGUGUCAGACGGGGAUUAUGGGAACUACACCUGCGUCGCCAUCAACAAGCUGGGCAGCUCCAACACCAGCUUCCUCCUGUAUGUGGUAAUUGAACCUACUAGCUCCACACUAUUGCAAGGACCGAGAGCAGUCCAGGACGGCAGCGGCGGCGGCGCCGUGGGAGUCCACGCCCACUCCUGCCUCCUCCUCCUCGUCUUUCUGCCCUUCCUGCUCCGCUUUUGAAGAGGACUGGACCUGAACCCGAGUCUUUUCCCUCUUUUUCUUUUCUUUCCUUUUCUUUUCGUUUUCCCCGGUGGAACCGUAGACUGAUGCACCCCGAGUGCAUGAGGCGUUCUGCGACCACUAAACCAGAACAUCAUUAAUCUCUUUUACUUCUUUUAGACUUUCAGGAUGUAACGAUUGUUUCACCUUCUAAUUGAAUUUUUCCUGAGUGAUUUUCUGUCUAAAUUAUAGCGUCUGGAUUUUCUCUUUUUACGUCUCGGAAAGAAAAACAAAAAAACAAAAACAGAUUUCUUAAAGGUCCCGUCGUGUUCCAGUGGGUUUCUCAUGGUUUUUAACGUCUCCUCCAGGACAGAGCGCAGUGUGAGAGGGUGAAGCAGAGGAUUGUGGGUCGAAUAGAAGCCUCUUGCAGUGGUGGGAAGCAGGAAGUGUUUAUUCUCAGCGUUCUAGUGAUUUGCCUGCUGAUGUGUUCUGCUAAUAUUUUUUAAUUUAAUUCCAUUUUUUUUUUGCAGUUAUGUUUAGUUUUAAAUACUUUUUCAGAAGGGAAGCUGUAAUUAUUUAGAACAUUGAUCUUAGGUUUUGUUUUUUGGGACCAUUACCAGCUGUUCUCAGAACUCGUGUCCAGAAUAAUCAUGUUAGAGUUCCGUCGUUCCGACCGGAGGCGGAGUUUCCUCCGCCGUGUGGAACCCGAUCAGCUGAUCGUGUUGCUUUGAAACGUUCCGACCAGCAUCGCAGACGAGAGUCCAGCCGGCGAGUCGCCCGAAGAGGACAUUAAAAGAAACACUUUUUGCAUGUAUUUAGACACAAAUAACCCAAAGACUCCAGCAGUGGACAGAAAUCCAGCGGCUGCGAGGCGAAGAGGAGCGAUGGAGGACGGACGCCGUCCUGAUAACCCACACACACACACACACACUCACACACUGAUCAGCUGCCUGGACGGGAGACCUUCACUGUCGGGGUUUAAACAUCUUUGUGUUUGUUCUGCAGUCAUUUUUUGGGGAUUGUUUGUAAAAUGGUUUUCUUGAUCCACAAUCAUCAGAGCGUCUGGCAGACAGACGCGCCGUCCCUCUUCGUCCAGCGGGGGUCAUUUUUGUUAAAAUGGUCUAAAUGUUCACAAAAUCAGUUCAAAAGCAACAUGAGGUUCAUUAAAGUCGUUUAAAAAGUCCGUCCUAGUUCUAUUUAUUCUUCUGUGUUGUCGUCAGACUUGAGGCUGAGAGCUCCUGGACGUGGAGGCAGAUGGACUGGUGAGGCUGAAGCAUUCUGGGAAACAGACCGUAGAGUCUGGACGUCCAGCAGUCGAUCAAACCGUCCAACCGUCCAGCCGGUCGUCCCGGUGGACGGCUGAGGACGGCCCGGCUGUCUGCCAGCCUCAUGUUGCUUCUGAAGGACGUUUGUACAGUUUUUAA